AUUUCCGACUCAAAAAAAAGAAAAUAAAAAACUGAAUGAUUGAAAGCGCCUAAACGUAAACGAAAAACGAACCAGACAGCCCAUGCUUCUAAAUCCGAAAAUCAACGACCCUCUGCCCUCCUCUCUUUCAGAUAGACCAAUGUGGGACUGCCUGUUAAACAUUUUCUCCGCAAAAACAAAGAAUGAAGACCCACGCUAACAGAGGCUUCGCCACAACUGGACCACUCCACGUAACAUCUCUUCCCCGAGCCUCACCGGAAAUUUCCCUUCGCCGCCAACUUCCAACCGGAUUCCACGUUUUUCGGCGAGUUUCAUACGGUAAAGGCCACCGCACCAAAAUCUCCGUCAUUCUCCGCCAGAAUCCGGCCGAAACUUCCGAGCAGAAUAUCGCAAAUUCGAUAGAAAGUGCUGACGAUUGCAACGAAGCUCGCCGGAGUUCGCUCCACACGAGGCGACACGCACUACUCGCUCCUUCGCUGGCGCUCGGCGCGUGGUUUCUAAAAUCGACAGUGGCCAGCGCGGAGGACGCUCCGUCGCCACCACCGUCGCCGUCACAAACCGUACCAGUGCCGACAGCUGAUGAGAAGAAAAAAGAGGAGGAUGCGAUAACGUCAAGAAUAUACGACGCGUCGGCGAUUGGAGAGCCCGUGUCUUUGGGGAAGGACAAGAGCAAGGUGUGGGAGAAGGUGAUGAAUGCUCGGAUAUUGUACUUAGGUGAAGCCGAACAGGUUCCGAUUCGUGACGACAAAGAAUUGGAGCUGGAGAUUGUAAAGAACUUGUGGAAAAGGUGUUUGGAGAGUGAGCGAGCCUUAUCUUUAGCUCUUGAAGCAUUUCCUUCUGAUCUUCAGGACCAGCUCAAUCAGUAUAUGAAGAAAAGCAUAGAUGGAGAUGCUUUGAAGUCCUACACAUCACAUUGGCCACCUCAACGCUGGCAUGAGUAUGAGCCCCUUCUAAGUUACUGUCGCGACAAUGGAGUUCGGCUUGUGGCUUGUGGUACUCCACUCAAGGUUUUACGGACUGUCCAAUCGGAGGGAAUUAGUGGGCUUUCAAAGGCUGAUCGUAAAGCGUAUGCUCCUCCAGCAGGUUCAGGUUUUAUCUCAGGCUUCACUUCUAGCACAAGCAGAACACCACUUGAUUCGAAUUCUCCGAAUCAAUCUGUGCCUUUUGGGCCAAGCUCAUAUCUUUCUGCACAAGCAAGAGUGGUUGAGGAUUAUACUAUGUCCCAGAUUAUCUUACAGGCCAUGGUGGAUGGAGGAGCAAAUGGUAUGCUAGUGGUGGUGACAGGUGCAAGCCAUGUUAGAUAUGGGAUUAGAGGGACAGGACUGCCAGCUAGAAUUUCAAAAAAGUUGCAAAAGAAAAACCAAGUAGUUAUAUUACUUGAUCCUGAAAGACAGCACAUACGACAGGAGGGAGAAGUUCCUGUUGCUGAUUUCUUGUGGUAUUCUGCUGCCAGCCCCUGCAACAGGAAUUGUUUUGAUCGUGCUGAAAUUUCCCGAGUUAUGAAUGCAGCAGGCAGGAGGCGAGAUGCCCUUCCACAGGAUCUUCAAAAAGGACUGGAUCUUGGUUUGGUAUCUCCAGAGGUAUUACAGAACUUCUUUGAUCUGGAGCAGUAUCCUCUUAUUUCAGAACUCACUCAACGUUUCCAGGGUUUCAGGGAAAGAUUGUUGGCAGAUCCUAAGUUCUUGCAUAGAUUAGCCAUCGAAGAAGCUAUAUCAAUAACUACCACUCUCUUUGCACAGUAUGAGAGGCGCAAAGAAAAUUUCUUUGAAGAGCUGGACUAUGUUAUCACAGACACUCUAAGGGGAUCAGUUGUUGAUUUCUUUACAGUGUGGCUUCCUGCCCCGACAUUGUCGUUUCUUUCAUAUGCUGAUGAGAUCAAUGUGCCUGAUAGCAUGGAUGCUAUUAAAGGUCUCAUUGGGUCCAUCCCAGAUAAUGCAUUUCAAAAGAAUCUUGUGGGGAAGGAUUGGAGUAUCAAUUAUAGACUUGCAUCUGUGCUUUUGGGUGGUCUAAAACUAGCUGGUGUUGGAAUUAUUUCCAGUAUUGCGGCUGUUGCUGCCUCAAAUGGUCUGUUUGCAGUUCGCAGAUUUAUUAAUCCAGCUCUGGUCAUUAAUCAGCAAAAGAAAAGAACUCCAAUACUUAAAACGGCGAUAAUCUAUGGAGGCUUUCUUGGAACAUCGGCAAAUCUCCGUUAUCAGAUUAUUGCUGGAGUAAUAGAACAUCGACUUUCUGACGAAUUUUCUUCUCAAACAUUACUUGUAAAUAUGCUGUCUUUUGUUUCUCGGACAAUAAACUCUUAUUGGGGAACUCAGCAAUGGAUUGAUCUUGCACGCUUUACUGGUCUGCAAACGCGGAAGAGUGAAUCGUCCCAAACGCCAGAUUCUACUAACCAAAUGCCAGCACUGGAAUGUAACAACACAGAGGAGACAAAUGUAGAUGAAAUCCAGAACAAAUGAGGUGAUAUCCCACUUUAUGUCUUCAUACCAAUUAGCAGAUUUUGCUCUAAAAGCUGCUGGGAGAGAUCUCAAAGAAACGGAUUUUGGUCCUUAGCUUUACAUGUAUUACUUCAAUUACGUACCCAAUUGUAAAUUGCUUAUGCGCUUGUAAGAUACAAUUCUUUCAAUUUUGAUGAUCACAAUCAA